AUGAUGAGUCAUUCACUAUCACGAUCUCAAAUCAUUGCCUCUUUGGAAGUAAUUAUUACUGUCCCGUCCGAGGGACAAUGGGAUAAGCUCAAAUCUUUGGUUCAGCCAACCGUGGCAGUCAACGAUGACUCGCUUCAACGAGAGACAUUUAUCGCCCAUCUACGCUCCGAUGUCGAGAAUAACAAUAGCUAUUCCAAGCUCGACAGUUCUGUUGUAGACAUCAACGCGCAAGCAAUUGCUGCCAGAGUUAUCAAGACCCAGUCCACAUCGUCGGGUGAGGCCUUCCAGUAUCAAGAGAUUAUAUUAGCAUGGUUUGUCGAUGGUCGGCUCUUAACCAUCAAAUCAUUACAAGACAAUGAUUCUCGACGCGCUAGAGAACCUUCAGCGACGGACACACCGACACAUCUUUUGGACAAUCCGAACCCCACGACUCUUGACCUUGAUUCAACUUAUCGCCAAUACAUUGGAAGCAUCAACGAAAAGACAAUGGAAGCCACUUUUAGAGAGUUUUGUAAGCCGUUGGUGACGCACAAUACUCACGAGAAGACCAUUGUGGAGUACAUUUCCCUUAUCCAACAAAGUCAGGAAGCCAUUCGGGGCUUGUACUUUGACAUACAGGAUCUCUUAGUCGACAAAGACUCCGGUCGAGUCGCGGCUAGGCUAGAGUUCACAGGUGUCCCCAUCAAAACUUGGGCCGACGCUGAACCCAACGGACAAGGCGUCAAGUUUCAUGAACAUGUCAUGUAUUGGUUUGACCAAGGCAAAAUCCACUGGGUCUGGUCUAUUGUUGACUUGGAUACUUAUCGAGAUCAAUGUCGCGUAAAGAAUUAA